UACAAGUAGGACAGGAGGCAGUAGUUAUAAUUUUAAACUUCAUCGAUGAAAAGAGGAACUUCGUUAUUGAAAAUUUUGAGAAAGACGAAUUUAAAAUGGAAUUUUCCAUUUUAUCGAUCACAGCAUACCAACACUGUUGUCGGUCCGGAGAAAGAUCGGGGACUUCUGCCAGAUCAGGAGGUCUUGCCUAGGACCUUGGACUUCGACGAUGCCGUGAAAGCUUGCCAAUCGCAGACGACUUGGGAACUAUUGAGGGCUCUUCUUAUUUUCAAAGUCUGUUCGUUUGAGAAAUUCGUCGAAAAUAAUUACAAGAUUUUGUCAUGGAGCCGUCGUCUUAUGGGUCGACCUCUAUUCAACGCGAUGAUGCGUCCGACAAUCUAUAAACAAUUUGUGGGAGGCGAUGACGUCACAUCUUUCCAGGCAACUGUUGAUCGUCUGCAAGCGGCAGGAAUGGGGCCGCUCGUCAUGGUGACGCUGGAAGAAGACGUUAAAGACGACGGACCAGAUGCUGAUCAGCUUUUUGACAGAAAUUUGAAGAUAAUGGUCGACUGUAUAGAAAUGACGUCAAAACUUGGGAGCCAGAAUCCAAUGAUGCAAAUCAAACCGUCUGGAUUGUUCCCUCUCCAUCUCUGUAGAAUGAUUUCGACUGAAGUUCCAUACCCCAACAAGAAACCCGAAGUGGUAGAGAAAGUAGCGAACGCUAUGCAGACAUCGAAAGAGAUAACAGAGCUGGGGAACCUGUCGUCUAUAGAAAUUGCACAGCUGAACAAAGCGUUACAGAGGUUGAAACAUAUUUGCAAGGUUGCUAUGGAGAAAAACGUGAUCAUAAUGGUGGAUGCAGAGUACACUUAUUUGAAUCCAUGUCUUAAUUUAUUAGCCCUGGCCAUGAUGCUGAACAGCAACAAUUCCGCUCCACUUGUAUUCUAUACCUACCAAAAUUACCUCAAGGAAACUCCAGAUAUUCUGUCAAAAGACAAGGCAUUUGUUAAAGCACAUGGGGUAUCCUUUGGUUCCAAACUUGUGCGAGGUGCCUACCUGUACAAAGAAAGGUCGCUGGCAAAGGAGAAAGGCUACCCUGAUCCUGUCUGCGAAACAUUCGAAAAGACAACCGAAAAUUACAAUCGCUCUAUGGACAUUAUGUUGAAUAACAUAGCGAAGUAUCCAGGAAAAUUUAGCACAAUAAUUGCCUCGCACAACGAGGAUACCAUUAAAAGAGGAAUAUCCAAACUGAAUGAACUGGGAAUUCCUCGAAGAGGCACAGAGCAAAAGGUUUUCUUUGGUCAACUCUAUGGAAUGUCUGACUUUAUUUCACAAUCUUUAGGUCAGGCUGGCUAUAUGAUUCACAAGUCCAUUCCUUAUGGCACUAUCGAUGAAGCUCUUCCUUACCUGUCCAGACGAGUCGGUGAAAAUAGUUCCAUAUUUGGUGGUAUCAGACGAGAGCGCAAAAUCAUCCGCCGAGCCCUUGCUGACCGUAAUUUUAUAUUUAAUUCGAUUAAGAUUCUCUCAUGGAGUCGCCGACUAAUGGGCAGACCUUUAUUCAAUAUGAUCAUGCGUCCUACCUUCUACAGACAAUUUGUUGGAGGCCAUGACUUGGCAUCCCUCCAAACAACCGUAGAUCGUCUGCAAGCUGCAGGGAUUGGACCAUUCAAAGCGAUUUCAUUGGAAAUUCCACGUCCAAAUGCUCAACAAAACAUAGUGGAGAAAAUUGCGAACUCGAUGCACACAUCCAAUGAGAUAACAGAGCUGGGUAACUUGAAAUCCGUAGAACUCCAACAAUUGAACAAAGCGUUAUACAGAAUGAAACAGAUUUGUGAGGUUGCUAAGGAGAAAAACGUAAUAGUUAUGGUGGAUGCAGAGUACACUUACCUGAACCCGUGUUUAAAUUUAUUGACUCUGGCCAUGAUGAUGAACAGCAACGGUUCCGCCCCACUUGUGUUUUAUACCUACCAAAAUUACCUCAAGGAAACUCCAAGUAUUCUCGCAAAAGACAUCGCAUUAAUGCAGGCACAUGGUAUAUCCUUUGGUGCUAAACUUGUGCGGGGUGCCUAUUUACACAAAGAAAGGUCGCUGGCAAAAGAGAAAGGCUACCCUGAUCCUGUUUGCGAAACUUUCGAGAAAACGUCAGCAAAUUAUUAUCGUUCUAUGGACAUUAUGUUGGAUAACAUCGCAAAACAUCCUGGAAAAUUCAGCACGAUAAUUGCUUCACACAACGAAGCCACUAUUAAGAGAGCAAUAUACAGAAUGACAGAUUUAGGAAUAUCACGAAGAAGUAAGGAACAGAAGGUUUUCUUCGGUCAGACUUAUGGAAUGUCCGACUUCAUAUCCCUGUCUUUGGGUCAGACUGGCUAUAUGAUCCAUAAAUCAAUACCUUAUGGUACUGUUGAUGAAGUUCUUCCAUAUUUGUCCAGAAGAGUUAAUGAAAAUAGUUCCAUUUUCGGUGGAAUGAGAAGAGAACGCAGUAUCAUCCGAAGAGCCCUUGCAGAUCGUGUACUGUCAAAAACUUAAAUUCGUUGUGACCAACUUCGAAGGAAGGGCAGAUCGUUUACUGAUACUAACUUAAAAACAGUG